AUGCCGACAAUGGUGAUGGCGAAUCCCCCUAAAACGGGGAAUAAUUCGCUCCGCAAGCGUCAAAAGAACAAAAACGACAACAUAGUGGCUAUUAGUUACAUGUAUGUCGGUACUCCAAAGAAGAAGUUCACUUUCUAUGUGAGAGAGCGCUUGGUAUACCGAUCAAACGUUGAAGUGACAUACGAAGACGUCUACAACUUCCUCGCUCACACUUCCAACGAUGACACCAUCUCCUUACAUUAUUCAGUUAAUGGGUUAUAUGUGCCAAUCACCACCACUGGACAACUGCAUACAUUUAUCCGUCAUGUUCAUAAUGACUCAACUGCUUUCUUGUAUGUGGAGAACCAAGACUACGUGUGGAAUGUGACACCACAGGACAAUACCCACAAAAUGGAAAAACGUGUUCCAGCUGGUGGGGCUGCUCCAGGUGAUGGCACUUCUGAUCCAUAUGAUUCUAUGGAAGAUGAAGACGAAUCUCAAAACGAGGUUGGAGACGAGGAGAUGACUGAAGAGGAUAACAGUCAAGACGAGGAAGAAUACGAAGAAGAAGGAGAACGUGACGACAAACAACAGCCAAUGCCAAUCUUCACGGAUGAUUCUGCUCCUGCUGUUUUUGCUGAGAAAGUUCCUGUGAAAGAAGCCUUCCUUGAGCCAAAACCAAGAGUGGUGGUGAAACCAAAAUCACAAACAACGACCGAAAAACCUGCGAACAAGUCAAACAACCGAGCCAGUUCAAAUUCUGAACGAACCGUAGCCCCGGCCGUACCGUUUCCUUCUAAGAAAUGGACAGUACAGGAAGCUUAUUUCCAAGUCAAGACGAUGUUGACGGAUGCUCUUACUAACAAAACGAUGGGAUCCGUUCCAGAGCAGGUAUCAGAACAGCUGGUUGUCAACGUUUGGAAUCCCGCAUUCCCACCCAACACCCAAGUCCUCAAAGAUACUGUUUCGUUAUUGAAAAACAGCAUUGGAACUGGAAUCCUCUAUUAUUACCAUAAAGUUAUGUCAAAAAUGAGUCCGGAAAUCUCGAACGGGGACAAAGCCGAUUCAAUGGAACUUCUUACCGAAUUCAUGCCAACGCAUGAUCCCGAAUAUCUUGCGGAAUUCGUUGAGAGUGCUUUGAUUGCAGCCUGUGACAUUUUGGAAAGUGUUCAGCAUUUGGCUCACCUCCAGAAAGAGUUUGACUACUUCAACCAGGCUAACGAAAAGCUCGUGAAGAAUAACGAACAAGCUGAGAAAAUGCAGUUGCCUAACCUUCAAGAAAUUCAUGAACACCUGAAGACAGCUCUGGUUUCGGCUCAUUUUGGAUUCAAUCUUCUGAAUCCUGUCUUCCCAGCUGGAUGCGAAUGCAAAGAGGCGAUACGUUUAGUAACCUUGGAGCUUCAAAAACUUGCUGCGGUCAUGAAAAAUGUUCAUCAAAAGAGUUCCAGCCCUCAACAAAUUCAAGAGACUGAAAUCUUCCUCAUCGAAAAUGCUCACGAGAUCGUCAAGAGAUUCACGGAUAAGGAAUGUCCACAACACCGAACGAUCGAGCUUGCACUCCGUAGCUCUGAAAUAUACAAGUGGCGUAAAGAUCUCUGCAUUGGCUACGACAAAUGGGUUGGACUCCGUGAUGCUGGAGAAAGUCGUCUCAAGAUACCUCUCAACUGUUAUGACGUCGUUGUUCCACUGCCAGCUCCGUUUUCCAUCAAACCGGAAGGAACCGUUGGAGACCCGAAUCUUGUUCCGAUUGCACACGGAUUAACAGAUAUGCAUUCCAACGCUACACCAUUGAAUAUGCCUUCUGAUAGUGCUAAACCACCUGCGCAAAACCAAGCUGAUUUGGAAGAAACUCUCGAUACAAUGAGAAGUAUGACAAUUAAUGAGAAACCAAAACCAAUUAGUGUUAACAAUGAGACAGUCGUCGCCAAAUUGACUGCUGCUCCCACGACUACAUCUGCAGCUGCUACAAACACUGGAGAAGUAGCUGAAGAUACAGGAGAGAAGAAAAUGAGUGAUCAGUUGCAAGCAAUGGUUGAUAAAAUGUACAAAAGUGUUCCAAAUCAACACAACUUCGUCUACCCCCCUCCACCAAAGCCGGGGGCUAUCCUCAUUCCUACAGGAGGUUUGGCUCACUGUCGUUGCUCUAAGAAUUGUCCAGAGUUCUUGAUGGAGCCAGCUUACGAAUACAUCGAACGUUUCAACGAGCCACGCCAAACCGUUUGGGAAAAAACCAAACAAAAACGUUUCAAGAAGAACUAG